AUGAAAGUCCAUCAAAUACUGUGGCAGAAAGAAAAGGACCACCUAAUAUUCAGAGAAACUAGUUGCUUUAUAUGCUUGGACAUGAACUGUAAACGUACAAAAUUUGUCGGAAAAUUAUGCUAUAAAGACAAAGAUGAAUCAACACAUGUAACAAAUAAAGAUAAUGAAGAUAAUAAUAUGUAUAAACCACAAACGAACGAAUACGAGUUCUCCUACAAAGUGAGCGACUACGACAGCGGAAGUGACUUUGGCCACGCGGAAAACCGGCAGGACGAUAAAGCAGAAAGGACGUAUUUAAUCGUACUUCCUGAUGGAACCAAACAGGGACAAAUUCCCCAAUCAACAACACUCUCUACCAACAAGAAAUGA